AUGGGUCACGAGAAAGCGACAGAGCAAAGCAUGGGUCACGAGAAAGCGACAGACGAAGGCGUCGGUCGCGAGAAAGCGAAAAAGGAAAGCAGGGGUCACGAGAAAGCGACAGGAGAAGGCGUCCGUCACGAGAAAGCGAAAAAGGAAAGCAGGGGUCACGAGAAAGCGACAGGAGAAGGCGUCCGUCACGAGAAAGCGAAAAAGGAAAGCAGGGGUCACGAGAAAGCGACAGGACGAAGGCGUCGGUCGCGAGGAAACGAAAAAGAAAAGCAGGGGUCUCGAGAAAGCGGCAGACAAAAGCGUCGGUUGCGAGAGAGCGACAGAAGAAAACGUCGGUCACGGGAAAGCGACAGAGGAAGCCACAGGUCACGAGAAAGCGACAGAGGAAGGCAUUGGAAUGAUGAAAAGGCCGCGCUGUUAGCAGGAAAGAGUGGAAAGGAAUAA